UCGCAACUUUCAGUUCACACGAUACAAGGGUUAUAUAUAAGUGAAGGGUCGGCUGGUUUGCUGCAGACCGGUGUGUGUGUGUGUGUGUGUGUGGUCGGUCAGAAUGGGCUUCGGGGCGCUCGCGCUGGCGUGCGCGUGUGUCGUCGUUUCGUGCACGCGGGGAAACGAGCCUCACAACGACACGCCGAUCAUCGGUAUUCUGACUCAGGAGGUCGACAGCGAGGCGAUGAGGAAGUUUGGGAAGACGUACAUCCCUUCCUCGUACGUGAAGUACACGGAGUCCGGGGGAGCUAGGGUUGUGCCUGUUAGGCUAAACCAGAGUUUGGCAGAGCAUGAAAAAAUCUUCAGGUCAAUAAACGGUCUCCUUCUCAUCGGAGGCGCCGUGGAUCUGGAGACCUCUGACUUUGCCCGCACCGCCGGGAUUUACUUCAGGCUGGCCCUUAAGGCGAACGACGAGGGUGAUUACUUUCCCAUCUGGGGAACGUGUUUGGGAUUUCAGCUGCUCACGGUGCUGGUGGCCGGAGAAAACCUGUUGAGCAAGACGACCGCUGAGAAUGUCACCUAUCCACUCAACUUCACCUCAGAGGCUUCCUCCAGUCGCAUGUUUGCCAGUUUCCCACCUGACCUUCGUAAAGCGCUGUCCCGGGAACCACUAACCGGAAAUUACCACCAUUACGGAGUGACCAAAGAGGCCUUCGCGGGAAAUGAGAAAUUAAGUGGCUUCUUCUCGGCGCUCUCCACGAACGUAGCGCAAAACGGCGUCGAGUUCGUUUCGACCGUGGAAGGCAGGAAGUACCCUUUCUACGGGGUGCAGUGGCAUCCAGAGGUCAACCGCUUUCAGUGGGACCCUCGCUACGACUUCCCUCAUUCCCGCCACGCUGUGCGCGUGUCGUCCCUGCUGGCUGAGUUCUUCGUAAACGAGGGAAGGAGAAGCUCCCACCGCUUCAGAGAAGCAGCAGAAGAGAGCAGCGCGCUCAUAUACAACUACGACCCCGUGUAUGUGGCCCGCAUCUCCGCUUACGAACAGUCCUAUUUCUUCUGACGGACGCAGGAAAAGAAAACACCUGUUUAAAGACAGUUUGAAAUAGUCAGUGUUUUAUUAAAAGGUUUUGGAUUUAUUAUAACGCUCGGUAAUUAUGAAGGAGAUCGCAUAUUUCAUUCCUUUGAAGAGAAUAAAUAUUAUUGUAUAUGUGUGUGUUUUAAAAUGACACAUUAAAGAUUAAAGGCAUGUUAUGGCUUAUGAACCAGAA